AUGGUGGUACUUGAUUUCGAUCACUUAUUGAAACGUGUACAAGCAUUCAGUGAACGUUGGCAACGACAUGCAGCUGACUUCUUUUCUUUUGCCACUUUAUAUAUCGGUAGACUAAAUCGUUCAUCAACUAACAUCAAUAGUUCAUUCUUAUUUUCUCAACUGCUCGUCGAUCUUCUUCUUCAUAUGAAACCUUUAGAAACUGAUCGAGUAGAUUUUUGUACUCAUUGUACCAAAAAAUAUGAAGAGAUAUAUGAAAUCGAUCAAAAUGAAGCGUAUUUCAAGAACGUGCUCGAGCAAAUACGCAAAUUUCAAGUAGGCAUUUAUUCGACAGCAACAGCGCUAACAUGGUAUACUAAGAGUGAUUUUCUCCAUAAUAUAAUAAACAAUAGUUUUCGCACAAAUGACGUUGAAACGAUAUUCUAUAGUCGCGCCGUCAUUCGCGAGAUGCAUCAGCAACUUGUGGAACGACAAAUAAAAUCUCCUAUUCGUGUUUAUCGGGGACAACGCAUGUCGAAUAUCGAAGUCGAUUUACUUGCUGAUUCGAUAGGUAAACUUGUCUCAAUGAAGUCGUUUUUAUCGACAAGUCUCGAUCGAAAAGUAGCUGAAACAUUUGCUGAUAUUCAACUCGGUAGUACUGACGAUGAAACAGUGUUUGUCAUAUUCAUCAUUGAUGCGAUUCCAAAUGAAAUUAACAAGACUUUGCGACCAUUUGGAGAUAUUACUGACAUCAGUUAUUUCAACGAAGCAGAAAAAGAAAUUCUAUUCAUGGUAGGCGCAGUCUUUCGUAUCACAAAUGUUGCACAAGAUUUUAGCAAACGGUGGAUCAUAUCGAUGAGCAUGUGCGAACAGGAAGAUGUCGAAUUAAAUAAACUGUUUUCUUGGCUAAAGGAUAAGCAAAACACAGGUGAAACACAUGACGAUCCAUAUCAAGAAUUUGCAGCUUUAUUGUUGGCUAUGGACAUGGCCAACGAAGCGCAGAAGUUCUGCCGUCAUCUUUUGUAUAAAUAUAGUCUGUUUCCACCGGAAAACAAUGAACUUGCGAAAUGUCAUUAUACGUUAGGUCACGCUGAAAUGAUAUUGGGAUUCAAGGAAAGUUCGAGCGCUUGCCUAGUGAUGCCAUCAGAUGUCGAAAAUCGACCGAAGCCCAAUUAUUUUGCUUGUUUCUCUUGGUUAAAGUUGAAACGCUUCAAAGAUAGAAGAUAUACGUCAUCUUCGUCGUUACCACUGAUGUCACCCGACCCUUCACAUUUCGUUGAAUCUUUGCAGUGUUUUGAAAAGGCAUUGGCUAGCAUCGACAAGACUGCUGCAAAUUAUCAUUUUGUACUCGGCAAAAUUUAUCAUGCACGAGCAAAUGCAUAUCGAGAACUGAAUCAUUUCAAAAAAGCGUUAGCUUCUUACAAAAUGGCACUUACAUAUUACAAAAUAAAUACUAGAAUGGAACACCGUUGGGUAGCGGAGUUGUAUGCUGACUUAGGACGACUGUAUUAUGAGGGAAAACAUCUAGCUAAAGCUCUUGAUUAUCAUCAACGUGCUUUGGAUGUAGCACAGAAGAAUUUAAGUGAUAUUCAUCCAGAGAUGGGAGUGUAUCACAUGGGCCUUGCCAUUGUCUAUGCAGCUAUGGGCCAGAACGAGCAAGCAAUGUUACAUAUAGACAGAGUUGCAAAUGUCGAUGCGUUUUCUUUUCCUAUCGGCGAACCACCACUUAGUCCGUAUUACAGAGCUUUAGAUGCUUUUUACGAACACAAGGAAUCAUUGAAUAUUUUCCAUGCGAAUAAGAAUAACGAAGAUGCUAGAAGAAUAAAUCGUCCGCCGAUCGUCAAGCAAAGUCGAUCGACGCGGCCCAAUGUCAUUUAUUAUCAAUGUCCAUGGUGUCAUAGUGCUGUUUGGAUAUAUAGAGCAUUUUAUUUUUGCAAAGGAUCUCCAUGUUUUGACUGUUUAGGUAGAAUGUUUACAUUGCGAGCUCUACGAAUGAAUGAUAACAUAACAUUAUACUUGGACUAUAUGAUUAGGUACGAUGGUCCGGUACAACGCAACGAGCGACUUGAAUUUUUCGCUGAUCAGCUGCGACAGAACUACCACGAAGCUCCAAUUUGUGAUCAUUCGAGUACAUCAAAUUAA